AUGUUCGAGACGCUCGUGACGGGGCUGUUGACCAGCGCACUAGGCAGCUUCAUUGAGCCCAAGUGCUUUAGCAGUGACAAGAUCAAUGUGGCCGUAUGGUCGGGCUAUGUGGUGCUUACCGAGCUCGAGGUGAAGCCUGAAGCAGUGGCGGAUCUGCCGGCCGUCAAGCUCGUGCGCGGGCUCGUGGGCUCCGUUGAGCUCAAGAUUCCGUGGAACAGACUACAGUCGGACUCGGUAGUUGCAACGGUGGAUGACGUGUACCUUUUGCUGCGGACAGAAGCGGAUGUGGACGCGGUGAUGCGGCAGAUGGACGAGUUUACGCUCAAGAAGAAGCUGUUAGAGGAACUCUAUGCUCAAAAAAAGCACGAGGGAGAUGCUGGAACGCAGACUAGUAGCGAGGACGGGUUCGCAGCCCGAUUGGUCAACAAGAUCAUUGACAACGUGGAGUUGCAUAUUCGGCGAAUCCACAUUCGACUGGAGGAUUACAGUACGGGGGACCACCCAUUUUCGGUGGGGAUGACCAUCGAGUCGGUGCACGUGCAGUCCACGAACCCAAACUGGCAGCCGUCGUACGUCGAUACGUCCAAGAGCCACGAGCCUCGGAUCUACAAAAUCAUGGAACUCAAUCACUUGAGCGUGUACUGCGAUCCAGAGGGUGAGCUGCAGCGCGGCUGUGAUAUCAACUUUGAGACGUGCUCAGCAGAAACUUUUUCCAGCGCAUUCAAUCGCGCGAUUCCGAAGCGCUUUGACGACAACCGUUUUCAUCAUAUGCAGUUAUACCCGUCACCACAACAACACCACUUUUUGCUCAAACCGGUCGAUGCUAGUGCGAGACUGGUUGUGAAUCGCGACGUGUUUGACGCAAAUAUGCCAAAAUUUGAAAUUGAUGUGAAGGUGCCCGAAGUGGCUUUUCGACUGGAGGAGUCACAGUAUUGCGAUUUGCUGUACCUGGUGUCGGCAUUGCAGGCUCCAGACUACUACAUGAAGUUCCAGCGAUAUCGUGAGUCGAGACCGCAAAUAGCUGUGCUUGAAGAUCCAGUAGGAUGGUGGAAAUAUGCGAUCACGUCAGUAGUAAAGGACGUGAAAUCGAAAAAGCAACAGUGGACUUGGGGAUUUAUAAAAGAUCGGCGUGAGGAUCGCAAACGUUACGUGAGCUUGUGGCAGCAGAAAUCGCGACAUUUAUUGGAGCUAGUAGAUGUGGAGUACGAAUAUUCUGACAGCGACGACGAUGGUGAUGAUGCGAACGAAAGGGAGGGCACUAUGGAGAAUGUUGACCACGGCGGAAAAAACACGUCGUCGCUAGACUUGUCCAACAUGUCAAUUCUUUCGCCUCUUGAUAUUGAUCUCGGGCUUGACGAAAUCGAGAGACGCAGGAGUGUAGAGGAUGUGUUGUUUUUUCGCUACCUGGCCGAUCUUGAGGCUCGAAAAGUUCUAGCCACACGAGCUUCCCCUGUUCGACGUCGGCUGCCCACACCCCCAACCCAUGAAACUCAAGCAUUUUCUGAUACUGAAUCAGUAGAGACAGAACGCACUAAGUCUAGUGUGCCGUCUGAGGUGCAGUAUCGAUCUUGGGGUGCGUGGAUGUUCGGUUGGACGUCAAAACUGGUGCCCUCUUCUUCCGACGAAGAAUCAGGUCGAGCUGCUCAUCGAAUGAUUCCUGAAGUCGAGCUUCGGGAGCUCUUUAACAUACUCGAGGAACCUUGCCGGCGUCCGAAAAAGCGAAUGUAUAAGCAUCGUGACGUCCGCGGACAAUGCGACGUUUCUCUGGGCGAGUCUCAAAUAGAACCUGCUGAAGUAUAUCGAGUGACAGUGACAUUGCAAUGGGGAUCGGUAACACUAGCCAGUGAUCCGGAAAUGAGCCAGACGUUACUCCGAGAUGAUUUGAGUUAUGGGCAAAAGUACGCGCCAACAGAUUUCCUUCUUGGUACGUUCUCGCAGCUUCAAGUAGCUACAGUGGCGAGGCAUGAAACAGUGGUAGUGGACGUUUCGUUGCAGUCCAUCGAAGCAUUUGAUGAAAGUGCUGAAAGCUCAGCGUUUUCCCGUCUUCUCAGUCGAAAGCAAAACGUUCGAUCUGUUGGCGAUGGAGAUGAUGUGAACGUUGCGAAGCUGUCUGGCGUUGUAUUCUUGAUGAGUUACGAGAUGAACCCAGCUAGUUCCAGUGCAGACGCCUCGUUGUUUGUCCAUAUGGAGCCGUUAGAAAUUGUAUUGUCACCUACAGCACAAUGUUGGCGUCGGUUGGCGCGGUUUAUGGAUACUCCUGCUAAUUUAGGGCUGUGGGAAGAGCUAGAAGUUGCGUCUUUCAAUGAUAUUGUUAAUUUGAAAGUGCGGACGGAAGCUAAGCUUGGCUAUGUGAUGGAGAAUCGCAUCGCACUCGCUGUCGAUCUCCGUAUCCAAGCACCAGUAAUUAUUGUUCCUCAGAGCGACACUGACUACAACUGUGCGCGACUUGUGAUCGAUCUUGGACGCAUUAUUUUCCGCACUGAGCGUCUCAGUCAAAUGGAUAGUGAAAGCAUGAGCGUGCGAUCAAGAGGUGACCCGUUACGGGAUAGAUCGGAGGAAGGGACUCUUGCACUACUAAGCCCAUCUCAUCACCAACUUGCGAAGCCAAACACAUCUUUCGUUCAGCAGCUGUAUGAUGAAGCAGAGAAAGGAGAGGGGGCAAUCCGCUGGAAGGAGGACUUUUACGAUAAGUUCAGCCUCUCUGUCGCGAACAUACAUGUGCUCUUGAUUCCUUAUGGAAAGACGACUCAGGCCCAACACAACGGUGCUGGGAGUAAUGUUAUGAACUUCCUACCAUACCUCACGGAUACGUAUGAUGAAGAGUGUGAGCUAAUUGAGCGUCUUAACAUCAACAUUAUCGUUCGCAUGUCAAUUCUGCCGCUUGACGCUACGUUGACACGAUUUUACAUCCACGCCGACCUCCCGGCUUUUACGGUUAAGUUGUCGCUGGAAAAGUAUCAUCAUUUGAUUGCACUGGGGGAUCGUUUUUGCCUGGCGGAUGCUGAGACACUAAGAAAGUCAAGAAAAUACUCGGAUGGUGUGUCUACAGAAGACGUGCUCAGAAAUUAUGCAGCCGACGUGGUUGAAUCAGGUGACAGAUGCGAGGCUUUGAGCAGAGGGAGCCUACGCAGUGUGUCGGGACUCAAGACAACAGUUCUCGAUAGCGGAGAUAGAUUGAUGUCGGAAUCCGGUGUAGCGCCAGACAAUCUCGGCGACUCUGGCGACAACUCAAGCGUCGAAAGUGAUGACACGUGGUUCAGCAUCUCUAGCGACAACAUGGAUACGGGUGCGUCAUCGGCGAGUGGGGGUGGUGGUGAGCGAAAGUGCAGCUUUCGUGCUACUGGGUCGGCCGAUGCAGUUGGGGUAGAUGACACAAGAAAUGCCAGCAUGUCCUCGCGAUUUGUAAGAGGAUCACAAAAAAGACGACGGCCGUUUGCUGUUGGUGGAACCGCAAAUCUGCUUGAUCGAAGAUUAGUGGUAUGCUCGUUCACGGUACCCCUUAUAUCGGUACAACUAAAGAAGCCUUGCUCUUCUGCAAUAUCUUCCUGUGCUGCAUACUGCUACGACAUGAGUGAUUUCGAUGUUGAUCAUGACGACAGUGGUACUAUAUUGGUGAAGCUGCAGGAUUUUCGAGUCCGGGUAGGGCAGCGAACCUUGUCAACUCGAGUGAACGUGGUUCUCACAUCACUUGAAGUCGAAGACUACACCGACGGUCGAUCAACGCAUCAUUUGCUGUUUUCGAGUCCAGCCAUUGUAGCUCCGUUCUCGACUGCAGCUCCUUCACGCCGUGGUGGGGACUUUUCUGAAUUUUCCGCUCAACGUGGACGACGAAAACGGGAACGAGUUAUUUCUUUUCGCAAUGGUAGUGCAAAAAACAAGGACGCAUCGCGAUCAAGGAUCUUUACGGCACCAGAUGCGUUGCUGGAACUUGGCCUUAGCUCCUACAAUGAUCAACAAAGUGGUGAAGGGAUGUUGAGAGAGAUAGAUCUUCAACUCGGCUCGGUGCAAUUAAACUUUGAUCAGUCAUACGUCUGCUCUUUGUUUAAAUUGUUCGACGAUCCAGCCACUCGACUUUCUGUGGUGUCCGUUCCUCCAUGUGGUGAUACUGGUAGCCUUGAUGAUACGAAAGCCGAUACAGAUAGGUAUUUACUUCCAUCUUUGGAGCUCACACCUACUAUUCAGCAAGAAUAUGCGAUACCUGUAAAUCUUACAGAGUCUGUUCGGGCGGAUUUGGAACUAGCAAGAAUGAACAUGUAUCAGCAAGGACGCGAUGCGAAGAGUACAGCUAUGGAUGGUGAGAGUAAACUUGUCCCUAUCGCGUUGAAGCUAGGUGUGCAAUUACACUCGGCUUCUGUCUGCUUUUCGGAUCGUGGUGAGUCAGUGGCAUCGAUUGCAAUUCUUGAUACCGCUGUACAAGCCAGAUCCAGAGAAAAAGGCUACAUAAGCAUAUCCGGUACAGUGGGUGACGUGAAAGUGUUCGACUUGUCUUCAAUGAAACGCCAAGGAAAUGAAACCGGCAUCAGCAGUGCCAGCCGAGGGUAUGAGUCUCCCGCUGUGAAUUACAUUGAGAUCUUCGGUCUGGACACAUCUGGUGCAUGUGCGGGUAGUAAAACUCGACACCUAUUGAGCAUUGAAUGUUUGAUCGAUACCGAAAUAAAGCGGAAGACGAAAGCUGCCGCCAAUUUCGACGAGCAAGUGCGCAGGCAGGAUAAGGAAUCGAGUCUUGAAGUCAGAGUGCAGCCUGUUCGUCUGUUGGCUCGGCCAGAGUUCAUUGAGAGUGUGUCCAAUUACGUCAUCGACGGAUCGCUUUCAGCCCACUUUCACUCCGACAGUGCGCAUUCGAGCGAGAACUCGUUCACCUCCGAAUUCCAGCUAGCUCCAAGAUCGCCUCCUUAUGCCGGCGGUCCACUGAGUAAUUUGACUCCAUUUUUUGAUGCAGUCGAGGCAUCACACAGAAGUACUAGGCAAUUCAGCGUCGAAACGCCAAAAGUUCUUACUCCCACACACAGAGAUCGUGAAGACAACUUCACCGUUGCUCGAGGACAGCAAAGCGACCACGGCAAUCGAUUUGAAAACGAAGACGACACAGCCGCAAUCCUCGCGUAUAUUUGUGACAAUUUUGACAUUGAUAUCCAGCUAUGCCACCCAUGUGUUGUUUUACCGACCACUUCGUUUGACAACACACAAGAAUCGCUGGGAUCGCAUCUGUUCCGCGGAAUUGCAGUCGACUUUGGUACAAUGUCAAUCGCCUUGCGGCGAGAAAUAUCUGAUAGUAGCCAUGGUGUGUCUGAUUGCACAUGGUUCCAAACAAGUGUGACCGUUGAUGGCUUGCACGUCAUCUCCUUACCGGAUCGAAUCGCAAUCCUUGAUCGAUCGGGCUUCCAAGCGCGAGGAAGUAUUCCCAGGCAAAAGAUGUGCCUGGAUGUCGAUGGAAAAGAAAGUGCUGCGCCAGAGGUUGCUGUAGAUGUGAAAGUGUUUCCAGUUUGUGUAAACGUCAGUGCAGCAUGCGUUUGUCUGGCUUUGGACGUAUACUCCGGAGCCAUUGACCCAAUAUCUUGUACAGUCCAAAAAGUGGUGUACCACAUUGAAAGUUAUGAGGAUGAGCCGGUUGGAUCAAGUAGCCAAGGCGGACAUGAUGGCAGUUUAGGAUAUAUUGCUCCUGGAUCAAAUGGUGAUACGGCGGGAGGAUGGCAAUUACUAUUGCACGUUCUCUUUCAGGAGUUUAAAAUUGCGCUUGUGUCAAACUCCGUGGCCCCACACCAGUUUAAUAUGUGGAUGAAAGGUGUAGUUGACGUCCCUGAUGAAGUGUCGUCGCAAGAAAGCUGCGGUGGAGCUUCUUCCACCGCCCAUUGGCAAUCUCAUCCAGAAUUUUUUACAGGGGGACGAGAGUUCUCUGUGAAUGAGACUUGUGUUGCUAAUGAAUUUGCCUUGAUUAUGUUGGAGGCAAAUGUGGCUUUGAACGUGACGGAUUCCCGAUCGUUCGAUAGUCAGCUGCAAUGUGAAUUUACCUUGCAUGAAACUGUCAUUCGGGACAAAACUGCCGAUCCUUCGGAAUAUUUCACGCAGCUACUAGGACCGGUUCCAGAAGCACACUCGGAGCUUACGGACUCACAUGCUUCUCUUACAAACCCUUCGUUCCCAUUUGUGCCUGGAAUAAAGGUGUUACCUCCGUUGCUAGGACGUUCAUCGCCACCUUCGUCGGAACUGGACGUACCAUCUUCGCAGUUCAGUGGAAGGCUGACAAGCAAAAUUGUCAAUGUAGACGGAUGUGCUGUUCGAAUAAGCUCACUAGAUCUGGAUGUGUCUUCCGUUCGUCUUAUGUUUCUAUCGCGGACUCUUCUCCAAAUGGAGCAAUGUGUCCUUGAUGUGUAUCUAGCGGCAAGCAUGAAGGCGAUUGAACUAGAGCUUCAGCGAGGUAAGGCAAUGGUCACGGAAUCUCCUGGAGUUAUGGACUCUACUUUUGUUGAUACACGUGCUAGUGUCGCCAAUAGUCCGGUUCUAUCUUUUCGACAACGAAACAACAGCAUUUCCGAGCUACUGAACAAUACUCGUAAUGCAGUUCGACCAGAAUUCGCGUCUCCGUUACAGCGUAUGCUGGGCUCGACCGGUGCUAUGGAGAGUCAGACUACCGGAAGCUUUACGUCUCGUACGAUUGCUGAAGAGACUGGAAGUGGAAAGUCAGUGGCCGAUGGUCCUACAAAUACCAACAUUAUCGGUGUUGCAAGAAAAUUGCUUUUGAUGCCCCGAUGGAAGGUUGAUGUCCGUUUUUCGAAUUUGCAAAUGUGGUUGGUACCGUCUGAUCGCAAGAGCGGCGUGGCGGGUUGCGUGUUGUCUAGUCAAGUUGUCGCGAAAUUUGAUAGUUCAUGUGGCGGAUUCGAAGAUUCUACUACUUCUCCUUGUAGUGAUCCUGUAACUGCAUGGGCUCGACUGAGUAGUGUGGAAGUUUCGACGGGCCUGCCGACGGUCAUCGGUACUGAGCGACAAGUGACAAUGAAGCAUACGGGAACGCUUGUUGAGAAGUUCGAAGUCGACAUCCAAUUUGCGCUGCGCCAGUGCUUUCGAUCUGUGCAGGAAGACAAAAAUGUUAAUCCUGAAGGCACUGAUAAAUCGAGUGACGGCAACAGUGAUUUGAGUACGAGUGGAGAGGAAAAUGUCAAGAACAACGACAAAAAAGCCAAACUCGGGCCAUGGUUGAAUAGUCAUCCUAGUAGGAUGGACGACAACCCGGCAUCUUUACCCAAACUCUUUCUUCGCGAUGUGCCACCCGAGUGGCAGGAAUGGAUUCUUAGUGAACCAUCGGUUUGUGUUAAUCAGAUUGUGUCGCACAUUGCCUACCGAGACUUGCCGCUGUUGUUGAAGAUUGCUGCAAGUCUGACUAGUAUGCUUACUAUUGAGGCACGGAUUCGCGAUACGUUUGCUGCAAGGCUAAGAGCAGCAACAGAAGAUGUAGACUGGCCAGAUUCACCGAGUACUACAGAACACUAUGCAGAAAACGAUGAUUACCCUGGAGCAGAUGACCCGAGUAAUCAUGCUGAACAAGCUGAACUGUCAAUUUUUCAGCCGAACUUUCUUACAAGCGCUUCGAUUGGAGUGCGAGGAGUUCGAUUUCAGUUGAUUAACAACAUUGCGGACCAGGCUUCACCUGUGGUGGAGUUUGAAUUGAAAUCUGUUGACUUGCUGCUACGGUCAGAGUCACACUCAACGGUUAUGAUUUCGAUAAGUUGCGAAGUAGAAGCAAAGUACCAAAACUUGCGUCUUGUGACGAUGGAACCACUUAUUGAACCAUGGGACGUCAAGGUUACGCUGUGUCAGCAGCACUCACUAUUACGUGGUUUGGAUGAUAAAGAGCAGCUGGCGUCACCUUGGAAGCUCGAUAUCACGUCUGACGCUCUUCUCCAACUCAAUCUGACGGAUGCAUUGAUCGCCAACUUGGUGGCUGCAGACCGGGCUUGGCGGUGGGUUGCCAAGCCCGGUGGAGACUCACGCGAGAUGACGGAGUAUUCUACAUACUGGAUUCGUAAUAAUACUGGAAUGCCAUUACGGUACUGGGGUUCGUCUUGCUGCGAACAUUCUCUCGCUGCUGGCGAAGAAGAACCUCUCCGACUUGAUGAAGAGCAGAGCACAGGCAACGAUGAGAUGAGUUGUAGAGGAAGCCGUUGCAGCGCGCAAGUGAGCGAUCGCCAGAUCUUCAUUGCUGUCGAAGAGGAAUACCUGGACGAUAGACUGUCAGGCACUUCCGCUAGGCAAUGGAAAAGUGAAUCAUCUAUUCCGGUUGAUCAAGUCGAUUCUCGCAUGUAUACCUUAGUUGACUUUGAAGCAGGCAUCACGACCACUCAUGUGAGAAAAUGCGAGUGCGUAAUUGACGUGCUUGUGGAGCGCGGAUGCAAGUAUUUCGUAGUGCGUUCAACUUUGAUUCUAGAGAAUCAAACUUCAUCCGACUUGGAAGUUGAGUUCAUGCUUCCCCAGAGGCACUUGUCAUCAGAAUUGUUGAGCGCGGGAAAUUCUUCGCAGGGACACAUUAGACCCAUUUGGAAAAAGGUCGUCAAAUCAUCCUCUGCCAUUCCAGUUCCGGUGCACAUCGCUUCAUCUAGCGGAGGCUACGUGAUGGUUCGCCCUCCGGCGAUCGUAGGUGCUGAUGCAAGGGAUGAUGUGCUUAUGAAACCAUACGCCAAAGAGCGAGUGUGUCUUCCUCUCUUUGAUGCAGGUACCUCCUUCGUGAAUGAAGACAUGAGACAAAUGGAUGCUAACGAGUCUGAUCAGUCCCAAUGCACGAUCAAAUUCCAACGCUUGUACAGCGAUAGGCCAGUACGUCCAUUCAUGAUGAACGUCUGCUUAUCUGAUGCGAGUAGUGUACUGUAUCACCGCACGCUGUCAUUUCAUCCACCGUUGACCGUGCAUAACCUCACUGCUGGACCACUCGAUUUUUGCUUGGCAACUCCGAGCGAUUGGUUGCCUGUAGCUAAACAGGGGACAAUACCGAAUGCAGAAGUAAAUGCGGGUUGGGAAGCUUGUGAGCAACGAUUGUGCGAACGAGCUACGAUUGAUGUUGCUGACUCACUUAUUUGGCACUUGUCAAGUGAGGAAACGCCUCUUGUGCUCACCGUCCGGAUGAAAGGGUUUGACUGGAGCGAACCGCUCAUGCUCGGUGAAGAUCUGGAUGACCUAGUGCGGAUCAAGAUGAAAGAUAUAGUGAGUGACGCACUCCUCUACGUUACUAUAGAGAUUCGGAGGAGUAGGGGUCACUGCCGUGAGUUGUUUCUCUACGUGCCGUACUGGAUUGUAAACCUGACGAAUUUGAAACUCGAGUUUGAAUACGAGAAAGAGCGCAUAGGGCGUGAACAUAGGACCACACUGCUGGCGGGACAAACACGACUGGACCGCGAUGAGCUUCUUUUGAAAGAAAGCCAGAGAUCUAAGACUGCGCGGCGUGGGCGCAAUGCUCAUCUACUGUAUCCUGUUCUAGAUGAGGAACAUGAAUGUGCGGAUGGGUCUGAGGCUCUUGAACAGCGACACAACACAUUCAACCGCAGAGCACCUCCCGUACUAUAUAGCAGUGAACGCAAGAGGCGCCGCCCUCGGCUUCUUCCGAGUGUUUUGCCAGUAAAAGGCUUGCUGGACUUGCUUCCUAAGGCAGCCGGGUAUGGCCCACGCAGUACCGGACACGUGGAAGUUUUGCAAGCUUGUCAUUCGGACUACCGAACAGAUCGUGGUUGUGUUCGUCUUCGAGUCAGGAAUGAAAGUGGUACGGCUGGUCUAGACACCAGAGAGGAGCUUGGGCAUCGAAAAUGGUCCGAUUAUUUCGUCCUGGAUCUGGCUGGAACAAUUGGCGAGAUUGAAGCUGACGACUAUGAAGUUAACCAGAAAUUUAGUAUCGGCUAUUCUGUUUGUCAAGCAGAAGGUCAGUACUCACGAACGAAGGUGAUUAUGUUGACGCCACGGUUUGUGCUCAUUAACACAAUGGACAGUGCCAUCGAGGUGUGCCAUUCUUCGUCCAAGACGAUGACGCCAACUAUGAUUGACGUGGCUAACGCUAACGGAUCUGCCUCGCGAUUGGCGUCUUCCGUGACUCCCUUCGUCCAGCUAGAUGCUGGAGCACAUGCUGAUUUUCACUGGACACUACGAUUUGCCAAGACACGUACGAUACGGUGCCGUUUUGUUGAUGGUGGGUGGUCUUGGAGCGGUGCUGUGCCAUUAGUCGAGUCCGGCGAGUACGCUAUCCGCAUGCGUCACGAAUCCUUGCGGGAAAGCAAGCUCGUGCGGGUGACACUGAAGCUAGACUCGUCGUGUGUAUGCGUGUACUUCCGAGAAGAACUUACAACUGCGCCACCAUUUCGUAUCGAGAAUUACUCGUUGGAAACGCUUCGAACACACCAACACCACGUGCGCCGCAGCGAAAUCUUGUUACCACACCACAGUCUAGAUUAUGCAUGGGAUGAACCCACUGGGGAACGGUUGCUUGUUGUAGACAUGCUCCCUUCGGCGGCUGGCGACAAUAGUCGUCCACUGCGCAUUGGAAGUUUUGACCUGGAUAAAAUUCAGCGAUACCCCGAUGUGCUCGGCGGUACUCUUGGAAUUGAAGUAUCUACAGACGGGCCUACUCGUGUGCUGCGUUUUACUGAUACACGUUUGCGUAGUGAAAAGACCCUGGGAAUCCGACCUCAAGAUGCUAACGAUUUGGCAGCAAUGACUGAUGUAAGUGAAAAAACUGGUGUGCAGUUUCUUAAACGCUUUGUGACCGCGCCGAUGGUGCAUGUCGCAUUGCGCCUCCAAGGUGUGGGUAUAUCGGUUGUUGACAGCGCACCCAAAGAACUGGUAUACAUAUCAACCUCAGGUAUAGUGUUAAAUGUUCUUGUCAACGAGAAGGAUCGAACGGACAGGAGUGCUGCGGUCGCCGGGAAUGCGUCCUCGUUGUCGCGACUUCAACGUGGGCCACGACCCCGGAUUCUAGCUUGCUGUUUUGAAAUGAGCGAUGUACAAGUCGAUAACCAAUUGCAAAUGACGCCGCAUCCUGUACUGCUGCGAUUUUCUCAUGUGAAUGGUAGAUCACGAUCGGCUAACCGACAAGGAACAAGUACCCCCGCGUUACAGGUGAGUCUUGUGAAGCACGACGAGUACGCCGGUAUUGAGUUCAUCAGGCAUUUCAGUGUCAAAGCUCUGCCAGUGCACAUCCGGGUGGAUGGUGCUUUACUCUAUCAGAUACUCCCCCUACUGGUCCACGCCAAACUUUUUCGCAGGAACGGAAGUAUGGAUAUGCCGAUUAAAAGGCAAGUUGGUAUUGUGAAUUAUGGCGAAAGUAAGAGCGAAGAAAGGACCCGAGCUGUACACAGUCGCUUGUUGCUUCGAGACUUAAAUGCUAGUCUAGAAGUUCCGGUAAAGGUGCUUGAAGCAGCUCAAAAUGACGGCGUGAUAUCUGCGGAACAAAAUUCUCGAUCAACAUUCACGACUAAAGCGCUCGCUCGGACAAACAGUGUUCAGCAGCAACAGCUUGUCGACCCGCGUCACAAGCACCACACCACAUUGGCCACGGAGGUUCGACGCUACUCGGCAAUCAAACAUGGCAGCUCUAGCGCUAUUGCUGCAAACGAUGAGCAGAAGAAGUUUUACUUCGAAGAGUUUCACAUCGACCCCAUUCGCGCUAUGGUCAGUUUUUCGUUUGGGGAUAGUGCAGGCGCCAUUGUGGACGGCUACUUGUCUCCAUUACCGCAUGCAGCUGCAUUGACGAAUUUGUCAUCGUCGAGAGAGUCGCCUGUCAUUACGGUUGGUCCUCUACGGCUCAUCCUGAAUGCUAUUGGCACUAGCUUGACUAAGAUUGCAAAUGCUCCGCUCCAACUUAAGGCGCUGCACAUCCGUAAUUCGUUUGUACAGCCUGAUGCGUUGGCAACGCGGUUGGCGUCACAUUAUCAGAGUGAGGCACUCCGGCAAGCUUAUGUCAUUCUGGGAAGUGUCGACGUGCUGGGCAAUCCAAUGGUCGCAUGGAAAAAUCUUCGUGGCGGUUUUCAGGAGUUUAUUUCCGGGCCAGCGGACGGGCUCUCACAGCGAAGCCCACAAGCUUUUGUUUUCGGUGUGUGGCGUGGAUCCUUGUCGCUCGUGCGAACUUCGGUGUACACCUUCUUGGACUUCCAUACGCGUAUUCUCAAGGCUUUUUCUCUCGGCCUUUCGGAGGCUUGUUUGAAGUUGGAUGAUUACACGGGCUAUCCCGCUACGCGCCAUAUUUUCCAGGGUCUCGUGCAGGGUGUUUCGGGUAUUGUGGUGGCUCCAAUUCACUCGUUUGAAGAAAAUGGCGCACACGGUAUUUUGCCUGGACUGAUAGCAGGUGCAUUUGGGGUGGUGCUGAAGCCGAUGCUAGGCAUUUCUUUGGCUUUAUCAACAACUGCUGCCACGCUUCGCGAUGCUGUUGACCCCAAUACCAAAGCACUGCUUGUGCACGUCCGGCCGCCACGACACAUCGACCUUCGGACGAAGAAACUUAAGGUCUACUCUUACGUGGAAUCGUUGGGUGAAGAGAUUGUGGGCAAGAUUCGUGGUGGCCGUUACCGUGCUGAUGGGUAUCUGGGUCACGUUGACCUUAAAGCUACUCACCAAUCUGUCUUAGUGACCCGCAAGCGCGUUCUGUUUCUAAAUGUAAAAGGUGCAGCCUCGGCGGAAACUGCUAAGUAUGGUGUCGUCUGGGAACUGCUUGCCGAGGAGAUCGUGAUGGUGGAUUGCUCCAGGACGCCGGAUGGGCAGGCCAUCGUACUCUAUUACAUAGAAGAUGAAUUCCGCGCGGCUGGUGGUGCCGUACGUAAUACCCGGGACGCGAAUGGAUCUGCUGCAGUCAGCUCGACCCGCCAACGCACUCUCGGUAUGCCGCGUGGUAUGGUUUUGCAGAAGUACGAGGUGGCCCUGCCAGACACGAAAGUACUCUUUCUCCGUGCCAUGCUGCAGCAGCAAGAGCGCUCUUUGCUUACCAAGAUGAACAGUAACUACACAGAGGACCACUCUUCACAGCACUCCAUUCCGUUGUCGCCUCUGACAAGAUCGAGCUCGAUGGAGUUCAGUACAGCGUGGCAGACGCAGUACUCAUGCAUGCCACCGCAGUACCCGGUCUUUCGACUGCCACGGACGCUGCAGCAGACUCGCAGUUCUGCAAACCUUGCGCAGGCGCUACAUGCGCACAACAACUACAACAAGCACUGGACCCCUACGCCAACGAAGGGCAGCUUGCGUGCAACUAAAAUGUGA